AACUCAUUUUCCUUGUUACUUCUCAGUUGUUACAAAGUCAGUCAUAGGGACAGCAUACUUUAACUUACCAUCUAGACUUUCAUACUGUCAAAAUUUUCUUCCCUUUCCAUUUCACACAGUCUUGAAAGAAAUGGCAGCAGUAUCUUUUCUCUUCAACAUUGCAAACUCCAUCUUAGGGAAAUUAGGAUCUCAUGCGCUUCAAGAAUUUUACUUAAUUUGGGGUGUCAAAAAUGAGCUUAACAAACUCAAGAAAACCUUAAUCACCAUAAGAGAUGUACUCUUGGAUGCUGAGGAACAACAAUCCAAGAACCAUGAGUUAACCACUUGGCUUGAAGAACUUAAAGAUGUUCUUUAUGAUGCUGAUGAUUUUCUUGAUGAAAUUCAGACUUAUGUGCAACAGAGUCAAAGGGUGAAACCAAAGGUGUGUUUUUUGUUCUCACCUUUCAAGAUGCUUAUUUUUAGAUACAAAAUGAGCCAUAAGGUGAAAGAAAUUAGGGAGAGACUAGAUAGUAUUGCAGCUGAUAAAGCUAAAUUCCACUUAUCUGAGAGGACUGUUGGCUUAGAAAUGAUAAGGGAUUUGACAUAUUCAUUUAUCCUUCCAUCUGAUGUUUUUGGAAGGAGGAAUGAGAGUGAAGAAUUUGUUCAAAUUCUAAUGCAAAAUGGUGUUGAUGAGUGUCUCUCUGUGGUAUCAAUUGUUGGGAUUGGAGGUGUGGGGAAAACCACACUAGCUAAAUUAGUGUAUAGAGAUGAGAGGAUAGUAAAGCACUUUCCUUUGAGGAUUUGGUUAUGUGCCUCACAGGAUUUUGAUGUCAUAAAGUUGGCUAGGAACAUUGUUAAUUUGGCAAGUGGUGCACCUUGUGACAGCUUUAAUGUGGAGCAAGUCCACGCGUCGCUUCAAGAUGCUUUGAGGGCGAAGAGAUUUUUACUCAUUAUUGAUGAUGUUUGGAGUCGGGAUCGUUCAAAGUGGUUAGAAUUGAGAAGUUUGUUAAUGGUUGGAGAGAGUGGAAGCAAGGUCGUUGUAACUACUCGUAGUGAUUAUAUUGCCUUGAUGGUGGAAUCUGUAGUUAAAUACAAUUUGAAGGAGCUUCCACAUGAGGAUUGCCUCUCUUUGUUUCUGAAAUGGGCAUUUAGGAACGGACAAGAGAGGCAUUUUCCAAACCUUUCUAAAAUCGGAGAAGAUAUUGUAAAGAAAUGCAAAGGAGUGCCUUUGGCAGUAAAGUCUCUAGGAAGCAUGCUGUAUGCAACAACCGAUGAAAGGGAAUGGGUAAAAGUGAGAGACGAUGAGAUAUGGCAACUAAAACAGGACAGUGAUGAUAUCUUACCUGCACUAAGGUUAAGCUAUAAUCAGUUGCCAUAUUACUUGAAGCAAUGCUUUGCUUACUGUUCAAUAUUUCCCAAGGGUCAAGAAAUCGCAAGCAUCAUGCUGAUUCAGUUGUGGUCGGCUCAAGGGCUGAUACAUUCUUCUAAUGAAAGGCAAGAGUUGGAAGAUGUUGGUGUCCACUAUGUGAAAGAAUUGUGUUCAAGAUCUCUUUUCGAAGAGGUUGAAGCAUACGACUCAUUCAUAACUUUUAAAAUGCAUGAUCUUGUUCAUGACCUUGCAGUAUUAGUUGCACAAACCGAUUGUUGUGUCAUAAAAAGCAACACGGAUAGUAUAAAUGAGAAGGUUCGUCAUGUAACACUCUUCAGUUAUAGUCCUUCAGAGGAAAGCAUUCCGGAAAUUCUAUGUAAACGAAAUAGAAUUCGGACCAUUUUUGCUCCGUCUGAAGGAUUUGAAAGAUUUGCUUCUCUUUUGGUUGGUCAAUGCAUUUCAAGAUUCAAGUAUUUGCGUGUAUUAGAUUUACGCCAUUCAAGUCUUGAGAUGCUGCCAGAUUCCAUUGGAAGCAUGAAGCAUCUAAGGUACAUUGAUUUUAGCGGCAACAACAACAUCCAGGUGCUUCCCGCAAACAUCUGCAAGUUGCCAAAUCUGCAAACUUUGCGGCUUGUUCUUUGCACGAAACUUCAGAAAUUGCCAAGGGAGCUGGGAAAUUUGGUCAGUCUAAGACAUCUGUACUUGACAACCAAAGAGCAGAAUUUGCCGGAGAAAGGAUUGGGAUCCUUGGCUCUUCUUCAAUCACUGUCCAUAUUUGGAUGUGACAAUCUUGUAUCACUAUUUCAAGGAAUACAGAAGCUCACAAAACUCAGGACUCUAGUUAUCGGCGAUUGUCCGAGGUUAACUUCUUUGCCAAAGGGAAUAGGUCACUUGUCAGCCUUAGAAUGCCUUAUGAUUGUCAACUGUGAAGAGCUUAUGUUGUCCGACUGGCAAGAUUUUGAGGGACUAAAGAGAAUACGUUCACUUGUAAUCGGAGGACUUCCACAUUUGGUGGCUUUGCCAGAGUGGUUGAAAGGGCAUGCUAAUAGUCUAAAGUUCAUUCGCAUCUCGACUUGUCCAAGCUUCGUUGCGUUGCCAGCUUGGCUGGAGAACAUCACUUCCCUUGAGAAGCUUGAGAUUACAGGAUGCCCGAAAUUGUCAUCUCUUCCGGAUAGCAUGAGUCAUCUUAAUACAUUGAGGAUGCUGAAAAUUCAAAAAUGUCCUGGAUUAACUAGAAGAUGCGAAAAGGAUACUGGAGAGGAUUGGUCAAAGAUAGCUCGCAUCCAAGAAAUUCAUCUCAAUGAUAUCACAAUACACAACUAGCAUCUUACUUCUGCCACUAAGUAGAAAGUUGGAUAGUUAAUUGUUGCUCAGACUCUCCAAAAAUGUUAAUACCCGUGUUGGAUCCUCCAUUAAUGCACUACUUUUUCAAGGAUCCGACACCCACCCGACAACAUUUUUGAGCAAUCCAAGCAACAUAGGUUCAAACAGCCACAUGUUGUCAGCCAUACUGUCGUUGAUAAUUUGCUGAAUGAAUUCCAAUAUAACCUUGAUAGAUACUCAACUCUUGAUGCAAGCCAAGCUUCAGCAGGACCUUGCACACAAAGCUGAGCUAGGGAGUUCAUGGACUUUUCAUCAUGUCGCUACUUUGGAGGCUUAGAGGGUGCUUGGAAUGAAGGCUUGAAGCUCAAAAACAUGCUAAAGUGGAAGUACAAGACUCCACUUGUGAGGAUACUUGGAGUUGGAGAAAGAGGCUAUUCUUAAAAUACAAGCUAUCAUCCCUAAGAAAACCCUUAAUUUAUUAAGAGUAUUUUUGUAAUAAUCAUCACUAGUCCUUAGCCUUAGCCUAGUCUAGUAUAAAUACUAUAUUAUGUCAUUUCAUUAGGGUAGAUUAUUUUGAGAUUACUUUGAUGAACAUUGAGUUCACUCUUGUGAGAGAGUUGGUGUUAUUGCCUUAGUUGCUAAACAAAUUUGAUGAGAUUGCUUGCUUGAGGAAUCAUUCCUCUUGAGGGUUAUCUAGAGAGAUUACUUGCUUGAGGAAUUCUUCAUCUUAAGUGCUUGUUUUGGUUCCAUUAUUUGGGGGUUUUAGCUAUCAAAGAGCUUUGGUUUCCAACUAA